GAGAAGGAGCGCCUCUCGCACUCGCGCCGAAAGAGAGAGAGAAAGAGAGAAUCCGCAUUCCGCAAUAGCAUUGAGUGAGCUGCGAACAAACAGUUGCUACAGUACAGCAGAUCUUCUGCCUUUCACCAGCCUUGGGCCGUUUGCAGUCCUACAACGAUGACUGGGUUGACGUAUUGUUAGAGCGACGUUCGCCGACCAGCUGCUGCUGAUUCGACUUCACUCCUGCUCAUCUCCGCGGAAUGAAGUACAUUCUCGUGAGCCUGUCGCGGACAUUAUGAACACGCGGCGUGCCUUCAUUGUGUUCGCGUUCGUCGUAUCGCUGUGCGUGUGCGCGCUACUUUUUCUGAACCCGGCCACUGUCUCGUCCAUUGCCGCCUACGCGUUCAUUCGUCGCGGCAACAUCAAAACUAUCCUCUACUGGAAUCAGUUCUCCGGCGACUACAGUUUCUAUCUCGGCGAGGGCUAUGUUGCUCAAAAUUGUCCUCGCUUCAACAACUGCUUUGCCACUCACAGUCGAUUCAUCCAAAGCGUCGACAGCUUCGACGCGAUCGUCUUCCACCACGGUAUCCACGACGAGCUGACCUACCGGGAUCUGCCCACAAGCCGCAGACCCGAGCAGAAGUACGUGUUUGUUGCUUUGAAAAGUCCAGCGAAUCAGUAUAUCAGCAAUCGUUUCAAUAACUUGUUCAACGCGACGAUGACCUACCAAUUGAACAGCGAUAUCAUCUGGACUUACGCGGAUAUGAUUGAUCUUGCCGAGGAACAAAUGGUGGCGGUACCAUCCAGAACUGAAUUCAAGUGGAAAACGAUUGAUAGCGGCUACGAGGAGAAGGACAUUGUCGAGGAACUAGAAGAAGAGCAAUUGAUUAGAAAGAUCAUAGCCAAGAGAAAACUGGCGGUUUGGUAUCGUAAUAACUGCGAGACGCCGAGCAAUCGUGAAAAUUACGUGGCUGAACUCGAGAAGUAUGCGCCUAUCGACAAAUACGGCAAGUGCUCCGACGAUUCGACCAACUGUCUCAAGGACGCCGACUGCUUCAAAACUCACGUCGAGCCCAAUUAUUUCUUCUACUUAGCUUUCGAAGACUCUCUUUGCGACGACUACGUUACCGAAACGCUUUACAAUGCUCUCAAGUGAGUCUUUAUGCGGUUAUCUGGUUGUUGCAUUUUUUUACCUACGUGUCAUUUCACUGAUCUCAUUGCACUAAACGAAUAUCAAAGUCUACUUUGUCAAUUAUUAUCGAUUGAUGUAUCCAUUGAUACUAUACUGAAAUGUUUGCCAAUAAAUAUCUACACUGAGAAAAAUAUAUGGUCGAAUCAACCCAAUCAUCUGUUCAUUCAAUAGCACCGUCUUUACAUCAACUACUAUAUGCUUCACUCAACUCGUAAGCUGUUGAUUCGACAGACUCGUUGUUGGUUUGACAGACUCGGCUGUUGAUUCGAUAAAACGCCGUCUGUUAAAAUGACUCAACAGGCCGAUCUAUUGCUUGAAUGUCUAUGCUGUUGACUUGACGUCUCAUACGUCAGAAUAACAAUGGCUACGUUCAAGGGACUGAGUUAACUUUUCAAUUGAUAGUAUGCCCAUUACAUUAACAAACCAAUCAAAAUGACUUUAGUUUCAAUAAUAAAAUAAAAUGUAGCUUGUUAUUAUAUUAUAUUCUUGAUCUAUAGUUUGCAUAACAUGGGGUAAGAGUGUAAAUACCUACUGCAUUUUUUCUUUGAGUUUGCAUUAUUCCCCUUUCUCUCCCCCC